GGUUCUGCCGAAAGAAAGCUGACUUUCCAUUCUGAGUGGUGCAGGAGGCGAGCUGGGGCUGCAGCAGAGACAGGGGUGCAGUGAGUGAGGAUGGCAGAAGCUCACCAGGCUGUGGCGUUCCAGUUUACAGUAACUCCAGAUGGCAUCGAUUUAAGAUUAAGCCAUGAAGCUCUCCGUCAGAUCUACCUGUCCGGCCUUCACUCCUGGAAGAAGAAAUUCAUCCGAUUUAAGAAUGGAAUCCUCACCGGUGUCUUCCCUGCAAGUCCUUCCAGCUGGUUCAUCGUAGUUGUUGGUGUAACAUCUGCCUCUAUAUAUUCCAAAGUAGAUCCAUCAUUUGGAUUGGUUGAAAAGAUAAAUCAUACCCUUAGCACAGCGGGGUAUAUGUCGAUGACCAGCCAGACUCAGAAUAUCGUCAGCGGAGUGCUUUUUGGCACAGGCUUGUGGGUGGCACUUUUUGCAACAAUGCGCUACUCGCUAAAGACGCUUCUCUCUUACCACGGCUGGAUGUUUGCUGAGCACGGCAAGAUGCCCACCACAACCAGGAUCUGGAUGGGACUGGUAAAGCUCUUCUCUGGCCGCAAGCCAAUGUUGUACAGUUUUCAAUCAUGUCUUCCGCGUCUCCCGGUGCCACCUGUUAAAGAUACUGUUAAGAGGUACCUGGACUCUGUUAAACCCCUUAUGGAUGAGCAGCACUUCAACAGAAUGAACGGUCUUGCCAAAGAUUUUGCCAUUAACUUGGGACCAAGACUCCAGUGGUACUUAAAGCUGAAAUCUUGGUGGGCCACCAACUAUGUUAGCGACUGGUGGGAAGAAUACAUCUACCUCAGAGGCCGAGGCCCAAUCAUGGUUAAUAGUAACUAUUAUGCAAUGGAUUACCUGUAUGUGUUGCCAACUCGUAUCCAAGCUGCAAGAGCUGGUAAUGCCAUUCAUGCAAUCUUGCUCUACAGAAGGAAACUGGACAGAGAGGAGGUCAAACCGAUUCUACUGAUGGGAUCAACAGUUCCACUCUGCUCAGCUCAGUGGGAAAGAAUGUUUAAUACUUCGAGGAUUCCAGGAGAAGAGACAGAUACAAUUCAGCACAUGAGAGACAGCAAACACAUUGUAGUUUACCACAAGGGGCGGUACUUCAAAGUGUGGAUGUAUCAUGAUGGGAGAUUACUGAAACCAAGAGAGAUCGAACAGCAGAUGCAACGUAUUCUGGAAGACAAGUCCGAGCCACAGGCGGGGGAAGAGAAACUGGCUGCACUCACUGCUGGAGAUAGAAUACCCUGGGCCAAUGCUAGAAAGACAUACUUUGCAAAUGGAAAGAACAGGCAGUCCUUGGAUUCCAUUGAGAAAUCGGCCUUCUUUGUCACGCUGGAUGACACAGAACAAGGGUACAACAAAGAGGAUCCCGUCACCUCCCUUGACAACUAUGCCAAGUCUCUUCUGCAUGGAAAAUGCUAUGACAGGUGGUUUGACAAAACAAUUAGUUUCAUUGUGUUUAAGAAUGGAAAGAUGGGCAUGAACUGCGAACACUCCUGGGCGGAUGCCCCAAUCUUAGGACAUCUUUGGGAGUACGUCAUGGCAACCGAUAACUUUGAUUUGGGAUACACAGAGGAAGGAAAUUGCAAGGGAGAGAUUAACCCAAGCAUCCCCCCUCCAAGCAGAUUACAGUGGGAGAUCCCAGAGCCGUGCCAAAACGUCAUUGAGGAUUCUUUGACUGUUGCCAAAGCUCUUGCAGACGAUGUUGACUUUCACUCUUUCCCGUUUGAUGUUUUUGGCAAAGGGCUCAUCAAGAAAUCCAGAACCAGCCCAGAUGCCUUUGUGCAGCUGGCACUGCAGCUCGCUCACUACAGGGAUAAAAACAAGUUUUGUUUGACCUACGAGGCUUCCAUGACCCGGCUGUUCAGAGAAGGCAGGACAGAAACCGUCCGUUCCUGUACGAUUGAAUCCAGUGACUUUGUUUUGGCCAUGGUUGACCCAACACAAACCGCCGAGAAAAGAAUCAAGUUGUUCAAGCUUGCAUCAGAGAAACACCAACAGAUGUACCGUCUGGCCAUGACUGGCUCUGGGAUUGACCGCCACCUGUUCUGUUUGUACGUGGUAUCCAAGUACCUGGGGGUGGACUCUCCUUUCCUGAAAGAAGUUCUGUCUGAGCCUUGGAGGCUGUCCACAAGUCAAACACCCCAGCAACAGGUACACCUCUUCCAGCUUGAUAAGUUCCCAGAAAACGUCUCGAGUGGCGGUGGAUUUGGACCUGUUGCAGAUGAUGGUUAUGGAGUUUCCUAUAUAAUCGUGGGUGAAAAUCUGAUCAACUUUCACAUCUCAAGUAAAUUCUCCAGUCCUGAAACGGAUUCACAUCGCUUUGGAAACAACAUCAGGCAAGCGAUGAUCGAUAUCAUGGAUUUAUUUAAGGGGAGCACCAACAACUCUAAUAAAGGAAAAAAAUAAAGUACCUCCACCCACCCAAAUCAGAUGGGUGAUCAGAAUGGAACAUCAUUUUGACUUCGCUCAAUCAUUAUUUUGGUU